GUUGGCAAUGGGGCCGGCCCAGUAGAAGCAGGCAGGCAAUAACCGAUUUCAUGAUUGGAGAUGGCUGGUGAGACGAGCUGAAGCUGCUACGGAGUACCAAGCCAAGUACUGACCUGCACUCUUCUCCCGUUUCCCAGUCGCGGCUGUGCCGCCAUCGCGCGCUAGCCAAACGUGCAGCCUCGUCCUGUCUCGUCGAGAUUCUUUUUCGACUUCCUUCGACUCGACACACGUCACGGCUCCCUUCUGCCGCGUUUCUCCUCCUGAGCUGAGCCUGCUUGUCUGCUCCAAACUCGGGUUGCCUCACGCCACCCAUGGCUUCCUUCAAUUUCAUCAAAUCUGCCCCCAUGACCGACGUAGACCGCUCUUGAGCACUUCGAUACCACCCUCAACCGAGAGAGCACCAAACUUCCGAGCACCAUUAGCUGUGCAGCUCCGAAAUAGCCAACCCGCAAGGCUCGGUAAACAACGGCAAACAUAAGUCCAUAACGAACCCAUUGGACCGAGAUAAUAGCCAUGGAGGGCAUGAGCGAAGCACAGUUCAACCAGACUCUUCAGCAGAUUAACGACAAUAUCAACGACGACGACAAAGAAUUGUUUGUUGCCAUUGUCGCUCUCGUCAUCUCUAUCGUCGCCUUGCUUGCAUCCCUCCUGCAGGUCGCACAACAAUAUUUCGCUUCCGCCGCUGGCUAUUCAAGUUGUGGCAGCAAGGUGAUAGGAAAAUGGUCCGAAUCCAAGCAGCGCAAAAUCAAGUUCACCGAGUUCCGAUUCGAGGUCCUUUUCGAAGCUCCCGUUAUUUUCCUAUGCCCUCCGACUAAUAAGAAGGGCCCCGUCAAAGACGAACCCAUUAUAUUCAUCGACGGCUCGGAAAAGAGCUUGCUGGACAGCCGGUCCGAACUUCAAGAUCAGAAGGAUGUCUCCGACAAGGAGCUAGCGAAACAGUCAGUCCAUACGGCUGACAAUGAGCGAGCUUCGUGGGUGGCCCUCCUUUCUGCCCUGCAAAAAAUGGAACAUGAAUCUAGGGAAUGGCAAGAAAGACAAUAUACCGAAAAAGUCUACCAAAAGCCACCCAAGGGAUCUGACCAGCUCGAGAGCCAGGAAAACGUCACCAGCGUCCUUAAAGAAGUCAGUGACAAGUAUACUCUGACGGUCGCCAUUCAGAAGAAGCGUAGGAGCUGGGACACGAUGCCGACCAACGUCAAGAAGCCAUACGCCACAACGACGUGGUGCCAUAUGGUCGAAAUGCUAGCCAUGCUCGGCGUUUAUUGGGUCGAAUUCAAUAGGACCAACGAUAGAUACCGUGCAGAAGGCAAUGGCUACACCAUCACGGGGGAGAAGGUUAGCGAUCUUGGUAUCAUGUUCACAUUCCAGGUUUAUGGACGCAGUCGAUUUGAGAACAAUCGUGUCAUACCCGUGGACGAGACCAAGGAGCUUUGUUUUGGCUUUCUCCCAACUAUCUACCGGGCGACGUCGGACAAUCGACGUUUGAAGUUCCCCAACGAUGAGCCCCGCGACUUGUCGACCCUGAACUUUGCCAGCAACCAUGAAAUCGCCGAAACGCUGGUUUUGAUCGGCUGCAAUACCAAUACCGUCAACUACUUUUCCACCACAUCGACAGCCAGGGUUGGCCAUUUGUUUCCCGUUGCUUUCGAGAUCGUAGGCAUGCUUGGUCGUACACUCCACAUUGAGAAAAGCGCAUUCCGUUUACUUCCCAACCCUACUCACUAUCGAUGGGAUACGAAAAACUUCUCCUUAACUAAACUGCUGGAAGCGUACACCAUGCAAAUGAACAAACUCAAGUCGGAUCAGCCAACUCCUAGCCUUGUCGGCAGAGCCAUUCGGAGGAACAUCCGAAAGAUUAAUGGGCUGAUCAAGACGCACACUGCCGCCUCUGGCAACUGGUUGAGCCUGCCCCUCAUGGAUGCUCUGCACGAGGCUCUUGACGACACCGAUGAGAUUUUGACGGCAAGGGCGAAGGUAUCUCGGCCAACAGCGCCUCCACGGGUCGACUCGAUGAUGACCGCAAAGCCUUCGGUUUUUGAGGGCAACCCUGAAGGCGCAGUCGAGAGCGCACGACGUGAGAUGGUUCAAGAUGUGUUACGCAGUCAUAUUCAAGAGGUCCUAGGAGGGUUCAACGAGAAGCCGGAAAAGACGGCACCGAAACCUACAGGUAACGCCGUCACAAUGGAAAACAGAGUGAGGAGCCAGCUUCGAUUUGAGGAUAUCGACGCGGCACCACCAGAACUCAAGCAAGAAAAACUCAUGGAGGUUUACUUCCGCUUGGUGCGGAGAAAGGUCAUCGAAGUGUCUCGAGAAUCGUCAGAUAGGCGCGAGCAGCCUACUGUGGGCUUUGGCGGCCUUAAAAAACGGAACCAAACCAACUUCAGUACCCGGACCGUCGAGACAAUAGACGACGAUGAACCAAUACUGCUGCACGAGUUGGGCGAGGAGCAUGUCACCCAUGAGGAUAUCUGGUGCACUCUUGUUUUCCGGAUGAUUUGUUGGCUCAUGCUACACGAUUUCCACAAGAAAGAUGUCCAGGUAUCGAAGAGCGAACUUUUGGGCAGUCGCUUACCGGUAUAUAUCUCAUAGUCGAAGGAUAUGGCGAGGAGGUUGACGAUCACUUCAAGCAUUUUGGAAAACAAAAAUUGCAUUAAUAGGAUAUGGAUGGAUAUGGACGAAUUAUGAUGAGCAUGAGAGCGAGUAGUUUGAUGUCCCCCGAAAGCCCUCAUUGGAGCUAGACAUGAAACAACUUCGGUCUUCAGGGUAGCUUACGAAUGAUGACAAUGACAAUCAAACGGAUAUCUUAAAAAAAAAAUUGAAAUUCUCUGUGUGAGAAGACGAGAUUCUAGGCCCGUACGCUCUGGCUGAGAAGGACUGGCGGCAGCAACGCUUAUACCUGUCAGCGCUUCGUCAAC